CGGCUAGCUCUUGCCACCAUGCCCGACCGGCAGCCUUCCGCGACCGCCGUGCUUCCCAUCGCGCCGCAUGGCCUGGCGCCUUCACGAUGGCCACGCUCGGUCCUGCUGCCGCUUCUUCCUCUUCUGUUUGCACUUCUCGUCGCUACGCAAUGGCGCUUGGAUCGCGACGAUGCAGAAGGUACAGACACCGUCCCUUGCAAAUACGCUAGCCCGGACGUCAUGUACAUGGCACCGCAGUUCUUUCUUCCACGGCCGUCCGUCGCCUCGUCGCCAUCGCCCUCCAUUGCCUCGCAGCGAUCUGACGUGCGCGAGGCCAUGGCUCUCGGCGCCGACGCCUUGCGCGUGCGUGGGCACGUCUUCGUGCUGCUUAACGGGGCCAACGACGGGCUCUUCAUGGCCGCAUAUGACCUCUCGGACUUGGGCACGAUGGCGCAAACCGCAGCACUCGCGCUCGGUGCCGACGCCGACUGGGUCGCGCUAGGCCUGCGCUUGUACUCGCCGAAUGGGCAGCCACUGCAAUCCGCAGCCGACGUCGACUCAAUUCGCAUCGUCCACGUUCUACUCGAGUUUCAGUCGUGGGUCUGGCCAGGCAUUGCGAUUGGUCAUGUCCAUACGCUAUACGAAGGCAAUAGGUCGAUGCACUUGACGACGCUGAGCCUUGCGCCGCGCGUGUUUCUGCUCUCGGACUUUGUGUCCCAAGACGAAGCCGACAGCAUCGUUGCCGAGGGCACGCCGCACUUGGCCGCGUCGCAAGUCGAUCUCGCCGGUCGCGACGGCGUCUCCAAGCACCGAACGAGCCAGACGGCGUUCUUGCCUCCCAGCCGCCACUCACGGCGUAUCCAAGCCCGGGCAGCCGCCAUUGCCCGUCUUCCGAGCCAGACGUACGCCGAACAGCUGCAUCUCGUGCAGUAUACGCCCGGUACCUACUACAAGCCGCAUUUGGACACGUUUGGUGGCAAGACCAUCUUGGCCGACCCGUCGCCGGAACCCGCAAUCGACGCAUACGACGCAUGGGUUGUCUGGGCCGCGGCGGCGCUGAAUGCUCUCGUCGCCAAUGACGUAGCCCUGCCGCCGGCCUAUCAUCCGAACGACGGGCCUUUGUACCCUCGCACCACCGAGGCAUUUGCCCACGCCCUUCUCGAAGUGUUCUUUGCCCAUGCGGUCGCCACCAACUACUUUGCUGCUCGAUAUGACUUGGCGUGGCAAGACUGGCUGCGACUCAACCUCGACGAGAACGUUCCUGGCACGCUCCAAGAGCUCCUUACGGCGCGACCCGCCUACUUAGACGCGCUGAUCAAAGCAUGGUCCGACCCAAUCAACCGUGUCGAGCUCACGUACGCUGCCGUGCCUCGAGCGACCGCCGUCAACGGCCAGAGUCACUACUUUCGAUGGAUUCGAUGGCUCAAAGAAAUAGUCGCAAGCUGUGCCGACUGCCCCGCCCUCGUCCAGCCGACCGGCGAGUGGUAUCCCAAGUUUGACAAGCGUUUUCAGCAACAGCUUCUCGAGCUCGUGCUUCUCGACGGCACAGCGCUCAAAGCGGCCACGAAUGCCACGUACAGCGCCUGGCUGGUUGCGCAAUACGAGCAAGGGCGUCGAGACGACCUGUUGCUCGACGCGCUGACGUCCUUUGGCCCUACGUUCCUGCCUCUCGUCGUAAGGCGAUUUGAACAUCGCGUUCAAGACGUCCGGCUGAAGUACGCGGUGCCGGCGCAGCUGCCGCGUCGUGCCGUGUACCGGCCCCAGCGUCUCGCGACUGUGUUUGUGUACCUCAACGAUGUCAAGGCCGGGGGCGCCACGGCCUUCCCGUUUGCCAAUGGCAGCGACGGCGAGCGUGGCGACGGCUGCCAUGGGCGCGGCCUCGCCGUCGCGCCGCGGUCGCUGCACGCCGCGUUCUUCUACUCACAGACGCCCGAGCAUGAUAUCGACGUCCUCAGUCGACAUGGCGGAUGCGCCCCAGCGCGCGGUUGUAUCAAGUUUGGCGCGAAUGCGUUCCUUUGGAAUAGCGACGCCGAGGAAGGCACGACGUUGUGGCGUCAGUAGCGCCGGCAAAACCAUGCUAGUCGGUUAACACUUGAUGCAACAAAACGUAUUUGUCAUUGCUU